AGAUAUAUAUACACACAAACGUUUGUACAACAUUGUGUACUUUUAUUUAAAAAGGAACACAACACUGACAGUAAAGGUGAGAAUAAACAGGAGAAAAUAUGUCACAAAUACUUUUUAUGUGUAUAGAGAUAUUCAGAAAUCAUUUUUAAUUUUUAAUGAUGUUAUAAAUGAACUCAUUUAUAUGAUGUACAUAUUUGUUUUACAUUUGUCCAUACCUUUGCUUUUGAGUACACAUAAAUCCCUCUUAGUUCAUAUUUACUGGUUCACAUCUGAAACAUCUUCUGGACCACUUCUGGAAGCAUAUUAUUAUUUACUUUAUACAUCAUUUGAACAGUUGUGUUUUAUACAAGAUCAUAUAUUUUUAAAAUGUGUGACUUUAUGAAUCAUUUGUUGGGUCUCAAUAAUCCAUUCUUUUAAUUACCUUGAUUACUCUCUUUUGUAAUAUGAAUAUUGUUUUAAAUGCAUGUCCCUUUAUGCAAUAUGUAGAUUAGAGAAAAUGGCAACAUUAUAUGUGGAAGGUUAUGAAGGAUAGUUUUGUUUUUAAUAAUCUACAUUUCUAAUUAAAAAACUACACGACAAUUGUUUUUUUAAAUUGUUCAUGAUUUGUUUUCCCCUUUCUUAGAAUCUCUCAAACAAUAACAAUUUCGGAAACAUGGGAAAGUUUGGAAUGUUAGGGAAAAGUCAAUAAUGUACAUCAUCCCACAGAGCUUUACUGUACAUCAAUCCAUUUUUUCUACCACUUGUCCCUUUCAUUUUAUAUGUAUAGCCUUUAAUCACAAACUUGUCCGCCAAAGGGUGUUGCGUUUUGGAGAAACUCCUGUCAGAGUGCUGUUCAACACAGUAGAGGAACCCAAGGAUGCGCAGGACGCUGAGUAAAAUGCUUCUUUUACUGCCGAAAUAUACUCACAAAAACAAUCCAAACAGGAGGUAACAAAAAGCGACGGUGCGAAAAAGAGAAGGCAAAAUGUGCAUUGUGGGUAAAAAAAGAAAAGCUACUUAUAUACAAAAAUAAACUCAACUUGGUUUGGAGUUACAAGACGUGCACACUACAAAACAACACCAAGAUGGAUGGCACUGGGAAUGGCCAAGGUAGCAAAAUACUCGAAGCAUAGAAUCAACUGGCGUGGAGUGGAAUCGCCGAGUGCCAUCCAGCUGUCAAGGUGCUGCUUAAGUAGCACCAGGGUCAAUUGGAAGCAGCUGUGCACGUCCCACAACUCCGCCCACAAGGGCAACACAGGAACUCUAGGAGGAAGGAGAAAUGUAAGAACAACUGCACCAAAAGAGGAAAACUGACUGUUGGAGCCUAAUUUCCUUAUUUGUUUAUAUUGUUUUUAUUUUGUUUUCUCUGACUGAUUGCUGGCUUCAGUUCAUGCUGAAUUUCCCUUUCAGCAGAUUGCUCCGCCCACUUCCAGUUGAGAACCAAGAAGUGUUGACUGUUGCUAUGGUGCGGUUGCCAUGGUAGCCUCCUUUAAUUGGGUUCAGCUGGGAACACUCGGGGGCGAUUGCAUGGAGGACAAACAGUUUUCGACCGUGCCGUGUGUGGUCAGGUCUCGCUGCUGUGACAAUGUGCCAUUCAAGAACUGGACAUUCAAUCGUUUGCACGCGUCAAACUGGUCAACACAGUCGUCCUCAGUAUCAGCCCAAAGACGUCUGUGAAAAAUAUCGUCCACCUGAGCAGCAGGAGGGGUCCUCCAGUGUGGAGCAGAAGAGGUCACAGGCCCUCCACGUGAAAGAAGAGGAGCCACAGCCCCCCCACUUUAAAGAUGAAGAAAAACAGCGGCUGUCCCCCCACUUCAUAGAGGAAGACAAGAGACACCUCAUCAGUGUGAAGAGUGAAGAUGAUGAGGUCAAAGGUGAGAGUGAGGAGAAGAGAGAGGCGGAGCCUCCAAGCAGCAGCUCAACUCAACACAUGACAACAGAAGCUGAUGGAGACCACUGUGGAGGAUCACAAGCAGACAAGCUCUUAGCUCCACUAUCAGAUAGUGAGGACACAACGUCACACUCUCCUGACACUGAUGAUGAAGACUCUAAAGAUGAUAAGACAUGUCACACUGACAACACACACUUCACAUGCUCUCUCUGUGACAAAACUUUUAAUGACCGUAGCAAUAUGAAAAGACACGUGAGAACACACACUGGAGAAAAACCUUUUUCCUGCUCAGAAUGUGAUAAAAGUUUUGUAAGAAAUCAAAGUUUAAAAGAACACAUGAGAAUACACACUGGAGAAAAACCUUUUUCGUGUUCGAUCUGCGGUAAAGCUUUUACGCAAAGUCAAUAUUUCAAAGCACACAUGAGAAUACACACUGGAGAAAAAAAAAUAUCCUGCUCACACUUCACAUGUUCUCACUGUGACAAAACUUUUGAAUACCAUUGUCAUCUGAAAAGUCACAUGAGAACACACACUGGAGAAAAACCUUUUUCCUGCUCAGAAUGUGGUAAAAGUUUUGCAGUAAGUCAAAUUUUAAAAGUACACAUGAGAACACACACUGGAGAAAAACCUUUUCCAUGUUCAAUCUGCGGUAAAGAUUUUACUCAUAGGCACGAUUUGAAAAUACACAUGAGAACACACACUGGAGAAAAACCUUUUUCCUGCUCAGAAUGUGGUAAAAGUUUUGCAGUAAGUCGAAUUUUAAAAGUACACAUGAGAACACACACUGGAGAAAAACCUUUUUUAUGUUCAAUCUGCGGUAAAGAUUUUACUCAAAGGCGCGAUUUGAAAAUACACAUGACAAAACACACUGGAGAAAAACCUUUUUCCUGCUCAGAAUGUGGUAAAAAUUUUGCAGUAAGUACAAGUUUAAAAGUACACAAAAAAACACACACUGGAGAAAAACAUGUUUCCUGCUCAGAAUGUGGUAAAAGUUUUGCAGUAAGUCAAAGUUUGAAAAUACACAUGAGAACACACACUGGAGAAAAACCUUAUUUGUGUUCAGUCUGCGGUAAAGAUUUUACUCAAAGUUCCAGUUUCAAAGCACACAUGAGAACACACACUGGAGAAAAACCUUUUUCCUGCUCAGAAUGUGGUAAAAGUUUUGCAGUAAAUCACAGUUUAAAAGAACACAUGAGAAUACACGCUGGACAAAAACCUUUUUCGUGUUCAGUCUGCGGUAAAGAUUUUACUCAAAGGGAGCAUUUCAAAGCACACAUGAGAAUACACACUGGAGAAAAACCCUUUUCCUGCUCAGAAUGUGGUAAAAGUUUUGUAAAAAAUGUAAGUUUAAAAGUACACAUGAGAACACACACUGGUGAAAAACCAUACUCCUGUUCAAGCUGCAACAAAAGCUUCCGUUACCUAAAAACUCUUAGAGCACACAUGAGAACACACACAGGAGAGAAAGUGUUGAGUUGCAGUGUGUGUGGUGAAAGAUUCUCUUCUAAGUACCAGUGUAAGAAACACAAGUGUGCUGGUGAGAACAGCAGCAGCAAAUGAAGAUGCAGGAUUUAAAAUCAACUUUCUAACAACAUCAGCACAUAUAACAUGUGUGACAUCAUUGUUGUGUGUGUAACACAAUCUUGUUAAUAUGAUUUUAACAUUCAUAGAUUAGACACUUCAGAUUAGUGCUUUUAUUUCAGUCAAGUACAUGAGUUAAUAUACACAUUUGUGUACUUUAAAAUGAACAGAACAAUUUGACUGAAAAGGUGAGAAUAAACAGUACAUAAAAUAUGUUACAUACAAUAAACAUUUUAUGUGUAGAUAUUCAUAAUUCACUUUUAUACUUAUUCAUAAUAUUGUUUUAUAAAUGUUUUUGAAAUAAUGAAGUGUUACAUAUUGUAUGUUCUAAUUGUAGAUGAUUCCAUGGAUGAACUCCUUUAUAUGAUAUACAUAUUUGUGUUACAUGUGUUCAUACCUUUGCUUUUGAGUACACAUAAAUCCCUCUUAGUUCAUAUUUACUGGUUCACAUCUGAAACAUCUUCUGGACCACUUCUUGAAGCAUAUUAUUAUUUACUUUAUACAUCAUUUGAGCAGUUGUCUGUUUUACAAUUUUAAAAUGUGUGACUUUAUGAAUCAUUUGUUGGGUCUCUAUAAUCCAUUCUAUUAAUUGUCUUUAUUACUCUCUUGUGUAAUAUGAAUAUUGUUGUGUGAUUGUUUUAUAUGUAUGUCC